AUGUUGCUGCCCUAUUUUAUACCAUUAUUUCUAUUAUUGACUAUUCAUUUAAAUGUUUACGGUUUCAAAUCGUAUUCACAAUAUCAAUUAUGGCGUUUAGAUGUUACCAACAACGAACAAGUAGCUAAAUUACUUGGUUUUAGUCGCGUAGCAUAUCAACAAAAUAUUAACUUUUGGUCUGAAGAAUUCCGUGUGAAUAUUCCGAUUGAUGUUAGUAUAGCACCUGAAUCUAUUGAAAGUUUUGCUAGUUUUUUAUCAUCCGAUGAUAUAAAAAUAAAAUAUCAUGUUAUUAUGAAAGAUAUUGGAUCUAUUAUUGAACGACAAAACUUAAUUCAUAAACUAAUGCCAUCAUAUGAAAAUGUUGGUGCUUUUGCAUAUGAUAAAUAUCAUCCUAUUGAAGAAAUUCAUGCAUGGAUUGAUACAAUGGUACAAACAUAUCCUUCAUUGGCGACAUCAUUUAUUGUUGGCACAUCCUAUGAAAAACGUCAAAUGAAAGGUUUAAAAAUAUCAUCGAAUAAAACAGCAGUUACAGUUGCUGGCAUUCCCGUAAAUGCUAAAAAAGCUGUUUGGUGGGAUGGAGGUAUUCAUGCUCGAGAAUGGAUUAGUCCAGCGACGAAUAUCUACAUUGCUCAUUCACUUUUAUCGAGCUAUGGUACAGACCCAACAAUUACUCAUUUCGUAGAUCAAUUCGAUUAUUAUAUUUUACCUGUCUUUAAUGUUGAUGGUUAUGCGUAUACAUGGAAAAGCGAUCGACUAUGGCGUAAGACUCGCAGCAAAACAUCACAACCGGGUUGUAUUGGUGCUGAUCCAAAUCGUAAUUGGAAUUAUCAUUGGUGUGAAGGUGGUGCUUCAUCUGAUCCAUGCGAUGAUACAUACUGUGGUAGUAAACCAUUUUCCGAAGUUGAAACAGCACAAGUAUCAAAUUUUCUUCUUACUCAUAAUGAUACUUUUGUGCACUACAUUAAUUUUCAUUCGUAUUCGCAAUUAUGGAUGUCACCAUGGGGUUAUACAACAAGCAAACCAGCACAAUUCAAAUUGCAAGACGAUGGAUCAGCUAAAGCUGUUAAAGCACUCGGCGCUGUUUUUGGCACUAAUUAUGUUCAUGGUAAUAUUGGUUCCACUAUUUAUAUUGCAUCGGGUAAUACAGUCGAUUGGACAUUUGGUACAGCUAAUAUAACAUUCAGUUACGCCGUUGAACUUCGAGAUACUGGUGAAUAUGGAUUUUUGUUACCGGAAGAUCAAAUUGUUCCAACAGGAAAAGAAACACUGGCUGGUGAAUUAGCUUUAUUGGAAUACAUCGAAGGCAAAGUCUAUGCUUAA